AUGUCAUUACAUAAAUCAUUGGAAAGACUUUCCACACGACUAAGAAAUGGGAAAUCACUUCUUUUCGAUAAAACAAGUCAUCUUAUCCAAUCUAAUCGUUCUCUUCUUAAUAAAAAAUUCAAAUUUGAUGGGAAUAUUGAUGGUAUAUGGGACCAUCUCGGGCGCGUACUGCACAAAGAUAACCACAUAACCAGCGAGUCGGUUCCAGAGUGUAAGGAACCUCCAAUACAAGAUUAUCUUCGAUUUCUAAAAUAUUUAUAUCCACAGGACCCAUGGAAUGGUAUUCAACCUGUGUCCAAAACCUCCAAAUUAUCAUUUAAUGACCAAAUAAGGAAAUAUUCCAAAAUUAAUCAUCAAGCAUUGUACACUGCAUAUCAAGCAUUACCACAUCCUCCACCCAUGUAUAUAAAACCUAAGGAUCUUGUAGCCUUAUUGGAUGUGUUUUUGGAUAGAAGAGACUUUAUUAAUGCCAAUCCUUUAUUAAAUGCACAUUCUAAAGCCCCUCUUAAUGCUGUGUAUGAUGCUUAUAAAAUGGCAUUGGGGAAAAGAAAACAUCAUUUGGGUCAAUGUAAUCGAAUAAUGUCGGAUAUGAGACAAUGUGGAAUGCCCAUUAGUUCCCGACAAAGAUCAAAAUUGAUUAAAAUGACUUUUUUCAAAGAUAAACCCCUGAUUCUUGCCCAAAUUGAAGCCUAUGUGCAGACACUCCCAUUUAAUCAACAAGAACGAGCAAGAGACUCUGUGGGGAAUAGUCCCGGUGGGUACCACACCACUAGGUUGGGUAAUACCUUUAAUUGGGAAGUGUACCGGCAAAUCUUAUCUUCUGGCAGUGACAAUGUAGAAACUAGAACGUACAACUCAUUACUUUUUGCAGCCAUUCGUCAUGACUCAGAAAGGGUCAUACAAGAUAUAUAUACCAGUGGGUUUUCUCAAGAAACGUUUUAUAAGCCCAAUCGUAAGACGGUGGGUCUUUUCCUUGGGUAUUUCGCCCAAACUCAUUCUUUGGUACAAUUCAAGAAACUUUUGGAUUACAUGGUGGAUAGGAAAGAUUUAGUGCCAGACACUCAUACAAUUGACGCCGUCAUGUCUGGAUUACUUAACCUAGGCCUCGAGCAAGAAGCCGAGCAACUUUUCCAUCUGUGUUAUCUUGAAGGAGAUUCAGGAAAUGUAUAUUUGGAUGCAAAAUAUUCAGAUUUAAAGCAACUUUCAUCAGAAGAUUGCUUUGUUUAUCGAGACAAAUUGAAACGGUUUGAUUCGUUAAUUAGGAUCCUUGAGGAACUGAGACAAGCCGAUGAACAUGAUACAGAUGGAGUCAAGGCUAAUAUUCUCAGCAUUAUUCAAAGAAGGGAAACAAAAAAAGAGUUGGAAACUUAUCAAUUCAAAUUACUUCCAACUGAAACUACAUUCCAUCUUUUCAUUGAAUAUUACAGUAAGAAGGGAGAAAUCAACAAAUGUUUGAAUUUAAUUGAACUUAUGGAACUGAAAUUUGGUCUCCCAGUGACCACAAGAAUCUAUAAACAUCUCUUUGCCAACGAUUCCAACACCUUGGAUGAUCUUGUACAAUUGACCAUGAGAUUCUUACAAUCAUAUGAUACUGCCAACAGCAGUUAUGGUGAUGCUACCCAUGAGAAGUUGAACCAGUUGGAAGUUCCUGCUAAAUUAAGAGAUUUCUUGAAUGUGUCUCUUGUAUACACCCCAGAUCCAUACUAUAUCCCCAAAUCCCGUGGACUGUAUGUGAAGAUUUCCAAGGACUUUUUAUUUGUAGUUCAAAAUGCAUUCCGGAACCAAUUUCUAGGACCAGGACCAGGAGAUGAGGCAAUUGUACAAAAUAUGGAGAGUCGGUUAUCGACACUUUGGCAAUCAGAAAGACAACGUAUUGAACGCGAUAACUAUACAAAGAGACAAGAUAUCAAUAAUGAAAUCAAAUACCUUCGAAAGGCAUAUUUGGUUGAAUUAUUGGAUGAAAUGAUGAGUUUGCAACAAGAAAGAGAGGAGGCAACCAACAAAAAGUGA